CUGGGGGUGACGUCAUGGUCGCUGCUGUCUGAUGUCGGGAGGCUGCGCUGGGGAGGCCGCGCGCACCGGAGGGGACCGGGCACACUCGUAGACUCAGGUCGUCCGCACCGCUCGGCUCGGUCGAUAACAGAUCCUCUCCCAUCCCCCUUACCCCUUUUCUUUCAGAGAGUAUGGCACAGGAGACCAAUCAAACGCAAGUGCCAAUGCUUUGCACGAUGGGAUGUGGUUUCUAUGGUAACCCCCGCACCAAUGGCAUGUGCUCUGUCUGCUACAAGGAACACCUGCAGAGACAACAGGGAGGGGGGCGGUCCAGCCCCCCGGGAGAAAAAGCUGCUGUCUCACCUCUGGGCUCCCCGGCAGCAGCCGGUGCGUCUGUGGAGGUCGCCGCCUCGGAACCCUGCGAAGGGGAGGUGGGGACGCCCCCGGAGGAGAGAACGCCCAGUCCCAGUUCGCCCAGCCCAGUGACCCAACAGAUGACCGCCAUGAGCAUCUCCCAAGACACGGCCGCAACCGUAGACUCGGACCGGGCCGAGGCUGACGAAGACGAAGAGGAGGGCACAUCCAAAAACACAGGGCCCCAGGGGGAAGCAGCACAGACCUCUUCUGACGGUGACCAGACCCCCGAUAAAAACAAGAAGAAGAACCGCUGUUUCUCCUGCCGGAAGAAAGUGGGCCUUACUGGCUUCGACUGCCGCUGCGGGAACCUGUUCUGCGCCAUCCACCGCUACUCCGACAAACACGACUGUCCCUACGACUACCGGGGCGCCGCCGCCGCCCGCAUCCGCAAGGAGAACCCCAUCGUGGUGGCGGAGAAGAUCCAGAAGUUAUGAGGGGGGGGGGUUGGUGGCGUGCGCCGCGGCGGCCCCUCCUCUUCCUCUUGACCUGCGUGAAUAAUUGGAACAAUGUAGAAACGGACGGCGGGAUAAAUCCACCCUGACUUGCGAACGGCUUUCCGGGUUCCAUGGGAGGGGGGGAGGGGGGGGGGGGGGGGGGCUAG